AAAGUACUCGAAAAAACUUUUUCUCUUAUUUGCUUGUUGCCCCAAGAUUUUAGUUUCAGAUAACGAAAACCGCAGGUCUCCAACAUCUUCCAGUGCAAAGUUAUUAGACAUACAAUGGCUGGCCUUCUUUUUUGAAAUGAAUAGUAGUCAGUGUCUUCAUUAAAAUUUAUAAAUACUCGAAAUAAGUAGACAUGGUUAAAAUUCAUGUCUUUCUAUUAUCUCGUCAUUUGUUUGUACGAAUUUUAUUAUACCUUUUGAUAGUGCACGAAGAAAAAUUUUAUUUAUUUUUGUAUUCGACAAUAAAUAUUUGACUAAAACUGAUGUAUAUCUUUUUAUUUUUUAGUGCUGUUUCAACAAAAAAUAUUUAUAUAUGUGAUGAUGGUCGCGUACUGUUAGAUAAUUUUUCUCAUUGUAUUUCAUUAAUAUCUGAUGGUAAAUUACGACGUCAAAUUUAUGAUUUUGAUGAUGAUUUGAAAGAUGAAAUAUUAUACUUGGCGCCUGAAAUUAUAUUUCAAAGUGCUGAUGGAUACAAUAUGAAAAGUGAUAUUUAUAGUUUGGGUAUUACAGCGUGUGAAUUGGCUAAUGGUACACAUAGUUAUGCUAAUUUAGAUUAUACUAAUAUAUUGUUAAUCAAAGUUCAAGGUGUUCAACCCUAUUUAUUAGAUCAAACACAACUUUCUACUGAAAUACUUGAACAACCAGAUAAACAUAAUGAACCAUUUAUAAAUGAAAUAAAAAAGCGACGUUAUUCAAAAGAUUUUCAUUCAUUUGUGUCAUGUUGUGUGGCUACACAUUUGAAUUAUAGAUGUUCUGUGGAUGAAUUACAAACUCAUUCGUUUAUGAAACAGGCGAAAAAAAUGUCGAAUGAUCUACAUCAUUUUGUAGAUGAAAUAACUAAAAUAACAGGCUCUCAAUUAGAACAACAACGAUCACAAAACAAUGAUAAUAUACAAUUAAUUGGUGACAUUUUUGGCAAUAUGGAUCAUUCAAAUAAAGAACAUACACCUACGUGGGAAUUUUAG